UGGCCACAGGACAUUUCUCUUUUUGCAAAUCGCAGAAAAACUUGAAAGUUUGCCUUUGAAAUACCAAAAUAAUAUUGUGACAUCUUAAAAUUUUCAUUCAUCAGUGUGAGAAUUCGUUGGAUUUUUAUCGGUCGACCUCGAGUCAUUUUAAUUUAACAACAGUGUGAUUGUGUAUUGCGAUUAUUUUUUAGAGAUUAAUUGUACUUUAAAAUGGAGCCAUUUGAGGAACCUCUUAUGGAAUUCAUACCCAGAUUAUAUCAGAUGGAACUUGAAGAAAUUGCAGUAAAAAAAAAUACAAUUAUCCAUUUACCUACAGGUUCAGGAAAGACAUAUAUUGCUAUACGGCUUAUUAAAAGGCUUAGAGAUACAUUGCAGAAGCCUUGGGGAGCAGGUGGAAAGCGAUGCUUUUUUUUAGUCAACACUGUACCUCUUGUGAUUCAACAGCAAAAGAUGGUAAAACUCAUGUGUCCCGUCCAAGGAGUAGCUGGAUUCAGUAGUGAGAAUAAAGUUGAUUUUUGGGAUAAAAGCAAAUGGGACCUGGAGUUGAGUCAACAUCAGGUAAUUGUAGCUACUAGUCAAAUCCUCUGCGAUAUGCUCACACACCAAUACAUAGCAGUCGAAGAUAUAAGUCUGAUUAUAUUUGAUGAGUGUCAUCAUGCAGUUGAAGACCAUCCAAUGCGUCUUGUAAUGAAGCAUUUCGGGAAUUGUCCAAAACAAGAUCAACCAAGGAUUUUAGGAUUAACAGCAACCCUUUUGAAUGGCAAUGUUAAGUUAAACAAGGUUGAGGAAAUAUUACGUGAACUGGAGACGACGUUUCAAGCCAGCAUCGCUACCUCCAACGACAUGGGAGAGGUUGCUAUUCAUUCAACAAAUCCUAGAGAAAUGUUACAGUAUUACAGAUUGCCUGUUAUGACUUCUGCCUCAGGCGAAGCUAUAGAGCUAUUAAGGGAACUACAAAAUCUUAUUGUUUCUAUUAAGUUGCCGGACACUGCGCAAAAUACUAACAUAAGAUUAAAACCGUGGCAAUCUGAUAUUUCAGAGUCAGACGGAAAGAAGAUUACAAAGGCAGUGAAAAAUAUGAUAGAAUCGAUGAUAAUUACCAUAACCGAGAUGGGUGCGUAUGGUGGCGCGAUCGGCAUUCUUUCGUAUGUAGUCUCGUUCGAGAGGCGAAAACGCUGGGCUCAGAGUGAACAAGAGGAGUUGCUGUUUAACAUCGCCAUAACCCAUUCCAUCGAAGCUCGUGUGGUUCUACUUAAUUCAAUGGCAAACGAAAGUGGAUAUGAAAAGGUUGUUCAACAUUCCUCUCAGAAAAUAUUACAACUAUUGAACAUUUUGAAAGAAUAUAACCCAUCAUUACUGACACAGAAUGGAGUUUUAAUGAAAGUAAACAAAUUGAGGAAGCCACUCUCUGGGUUGAUUUUAACAAAACAAAGAUUUACAGCUAAGGUUCUGUUUAACUUGUUGAAGAGCGUCAAGGAAGUAAAUCCUGUUGAAUUUGGCUUUUUAAAACACGAUUUUAUCGUUGGCUUUAACAUUAAUCCUUUUACUAAUACCAGAGAACAACAUUACAACAAGAAAUUGAGCCAGCAAGCACUUUUGAAAUUCAGAAAUGGGAACUUAAAUUGUUUGAUCUCUACGAGCGUUUUGGAGGAAGGGGUGGAUAUACCGCAGUGUCUCCUUGUUGUGCGGUAUGACAUGCCAUUGGAGUAUAGAUCGUAUAUUCAGAGUAAAGGGCGAGCAAGAAGCAAGGAAUCUAGUUUCGUGUUACUAGUAGACGAAAAAUGUAGAUCAAAGUUUGAAAUACAAUAUUUAGAGUUUCAAAAGAUAGAAGAGUAUGUUCAUGAACUGUUACACGGGAAUGCAAAUGAACGAGAUGCACCUACGGAAGACGAUGUCCAAGAAAGCUUAUAUGAAGACGACGAUGUGCCUCCUUAUUUUACUCAACAAGGCGCUCAACUUAUGGCGACGUCAGCAAUAUCCUUGUUGUCGCGUUACUGCAGUGUCCUCCCUCACGAUCAGUUCACAAACAUCAAGCCGAUGUGGAUACAGGAGAAAGUUGAAAAAAACAAUACAGUAUUGCGCAUCAUUUCAAUCAUGAUGCCUUUGCAGUGUCCAAUUAAAGAGACCAUAGCGGGUAUGCCGCUUGUGAAAUUGAAGUCUGCCAAGCGCUCUGCAGCUCUCAAUGUGUGUAAAAAGUUGCAUGAAAUGGGUGAACUGGAUGAGGUGACUCUAUUGCCACGACAAUACGGAAAAAUCGAUUUUGACCUGGAAAAUAUAAAAGUGUGCUUUCCUAACUGGCGAGAGGAGACCAAUAAUACGGACAGCGAUGUGCCGAAGCCGGGCUUUAAGAAAAGAGUGCGAAAACAUUUGAAAGUUUAUCCUAAAUGUUUGGACGGCCCAGAGGAUGGGCAAUUCGAUCAGAUCUAUUAUCUGCACGUGAUAAAAAUGGAAGUAGCAUUUGAUGAGCCAACAGAUUCCCGCGAACGGGCCCUGUACAAUUUACUCCAACAAACGGAAGGAUAUGGUUUAGUGACGAUGCAUCCUUUGCCCGUUUUAUGCAGUUUCCCGAUGUUUUUAACCGUCGGCGAAGUUAAAACCUCUCUAGAAGUGAAUUAUGCUACGAUAAGACUCACGGCAGCGCAUUUUGAAUUGAUUAAAAGGUUCCAUUUUUUUGUUUUCGAUCAAGUUCUAGAAGUGGCUAAGAAGUUUCUACUGUAUGAUGGAGAGGUCAACAAUAUAUACUUGGUCCCAAUCAAGGGCAGGAAUGGUUAUGACAUAGAUUGGAAUUUUAUUCAGACUUACGAGGACAUCCAGGCUGUUGCACCGCCACCUGUUAGUGAAAGAGUUUCAAUUGAUGUGACGAGAGAAACUUACAUCAACGCAGUGGUAACUCCAUGGUAUCGAGGAUGCAUUAUGCCUGACAGAUACAUAGUGUCUGACGUACUUGAGUAUAAGACACCACAGAGUCGAUUCGAAUCGGAAUCCUUCGAAACAUUCGAGGACUAUUACAUGAACAAACAUAAUCUACAGAUCUUUGGUAGUAAAAAUCAGCCAUUGCUUGAAGUGCGCAGUAUCAACUCUAGGAUGAACUGCCUCUUGCCGCGUGCGGCGACCAUCGACGCACUGACGGACAAACAACGUAAGCUGAUCUCGAUGGCUCAGGGCGAUGAUAAACCGCGCCGCUUUAACGAGAUCUUCGUACCGGAGUUUUGCAUCAAGGACGAAUUUCCUGGCGUUAUGUGGUACAAGGCGGUUCUGCUGCCCAGCAUUAUCCACAGAAUAACAAUGCUUUUGACGGCUGAGGAACUCCGAGUGCAAAUCGUAAAGGACACAAAGAAUGGGUCUAUAUCAUUGUUGAAAGGAGAGGAAUGGCUACCGAUAGAAAUCGAUUUAAACGUAGCUGUGAAGUCUUUACUAUCUAAUAUUGAGGAGAAUGCAACAGUCACCAGCAUCGAUAGAAUAAACAACCCGAUUGACGCAACACCAAGAAUACCCAACGUCAUAUCCGUUAAGGAGAGCGUUUACCAACUACAAAAAAAGAAGAUUAAUAAGGAAUACCCGUGGGAAGAGACCAAUGAACCGAUCGACAUUGACCGCACAUUGUCUACUGUGACACUGAUGGAUAUCGAGUGCUACGACACGUUUGUGACGACGCCAUUGGUUGAUACCACCAAAACUUCUAGUGAAAAAGUACUGUCACCCCGAAGACCUGUCGCGGGUUCGGCUGCAAUUCUUCCGCCGCCUGUAAAGUACGACGAUAAAAUUGCGAUUCUAUCAAAAACGCCCACUGCCCGCGGUCCCGAGCUGCGGGACAUUGUAGCGGCACUCACGACGAUCAACUCGAACGACACCUUUAACCUGGAACGCGCAGAGACUCUUGGCGACUCCUUCCUCAAGUUUGCGGCCAGCUUGUACCUCUUCCACAAGUUUCCAGCCCUAGAUGAGGGGCAGUUGACGAAUAUCAAAGGUCGACUUAUUGGCAACAGGAAUCUGUACUAUGCAGGCGAGCGCGUACAACUAGGCGGACGAAUGAAAGUCGAACAAUUCAGUCCCCGGAGAGAUUUCGUUGUUCCCGGCUUCUCGGCUCCACAACAGGUCAUCAAUUUCAUCGAGAAGAACCACAUACGCCCAACUUUCUUAAUCGGCAUGCAGCUCCCUCUGGAAGAUGCAUUAAGUGGCGAACUCUCCACUGAAGGCAGGGAACAUAUGCAGCAACGGUUCGAGGACUGGGAGAACAGAGCUGAAACAGAGCCUUUUGGUAAAGCGCAGAACUCCAUGCAAUGCUACAUACGCCACCAAGCUGUAUCGGAUAAGUCUGUGGCAGAUUGCGUCGAGGCUUUAAUAGGAACUUACUUGUUGAGCGGGGGAAUUCAAUCGGCUGUAAGCUUCUUAGAAUGGAUGAGGAUUUUGCCACCACAGGAUAAUUUUAUAGAAUAUUUAAAUAAAAAAGUUAGCACUGUGAUUACGGAGGGAAAGACCACUGUAAUGGAAGUGGACUGGCUCCUAAACCAUUGCCGCAAUGAUAUUGAGAGAAUUAUCAACUAUAAGUUCAAAGAUCCUGCUUUUUUGCUUGAGGCCUUAUCCCAUGCGUCGUACAUUCGGAAUCGUUGCACGAGGUCCUACGAACGUUUGGAAUUCCUUGGUGACGCCAUCUUGGAUUUCCUUAUAACGUCGCACAUUUUCGAGAACUCGCCCAAGAUGAAACCCGGAGAUUUGACCGACUUAAGAUCGGCGCUAGUAAACAAUGUAACAUUUGCAUCGUACGUCGUAAAACUGGGAUUGCAUAAAUUCCUGUGCACACAAAUGAACGCCGCGUUAGAGAACGCGAUCAAAACAUUUGUCGAACACCAAGAGGAGAGGGGCCAUGAGAUCGUAGAGGAUGUUCUGUAUCUCAUAGACGAGGAGGAUUGUCACAUCGCACAGUACAUUGACGUUCCCAAGACCCUCAGCGACAUUUUCGAGUCUCUAGCUGGAGCGAUAUAUUUGGAUAGCGGCGGUGAUUUGAAACAAGUUUGGUCGGUUUUAUACCGCAUCAUGUACAAAGAGAUUAAUGCCUUCACCCUGUGCAUCCCGAAACAACCGGUCAGGGUGCUGAUGGAAACUAUUCACGCUUGUCCGUCAUUUGGUGAAGUGAAAGAGACUUCUUCAGGCGUUCCAAAGAUGAUGAUACCUGUCACUUUUACUAAGGAAGGCAAGCAGCACACAGCAUUCGGGGUCGGAACUAACAAGUCGCAAGCGAAGCGAGCCGCCUCGAAAUUAGCACUUAAAAUCUUAAACGCCUGAUUGAUCUCGAUUUUCGUGACAUCAUUCAGCCGUAUUACGAAAUAUGCGUAAAAUAUAACAAGUGCAAAAGAAGCACUUAAACCCGAUAAUAUUAAUUGUUCCCGGAAUCCUAUAAGUUUUGUUUGUACACGGAUCUAUUUAUUAUGCCAGCCAGUUUUCAAAAUAACUGUACACGCACAGUUUAUUUUAUUAUUUCUUAAUAAUUCUAAGACAUUUUUAUCUUAGAAACACAACAAACAUAAACAUCUGACAUUGUCACAUCUUGAUUGUCGCAUCAGGUGUUUCUAGUGUUUUAGUAAAUUUUGUCAAUUUUACUUAGGAUAACGGUACAAACAAAAUUCAUUUUUUAUUUCUUAAUAACUUUAAGAGUUUUUUAUCUUUGCUUAGAAACACAGUAUAAUCACCUGACAUUGUCGCAUCAGAUGUUUCUAUUGUUUUAGUAAAUUUUGGCAAUUGUACUCUUAUAUCUCCAAAUCAGUAUACAUUAAUAUUUCACAAUAGAAAACGGUUUUGAAAAUCGAAAUACUUGCUCUUAAGUAAAAUGGACUUAAUGUAUCAUAUUGUAAAGUUUAAAUUCGUCUACUUGUAGAGCUAUAGUAAUCAUUACAUAUUAAACAACUUAAAUAUCAAGACGUUAAUUUUAGCGUAAUAAUAUGCGCAUGUUGUUUUACAUUCCUCAUAGGAGAGAUGUUAAACGGCUGAACUCACGUGGAUUUCCUUCAGAUUAUGAAACAAUUCUGUGGUCUUAACGCGACGCGGCACGUUCGUUGAUUUGUACUGCUAUAAUAUUAUAUAACGUGAAAAUGAAAAACUAAAUAAUAGUUCCCAUGCUCUAGCGGUAAAUUAUUUACAUUCUCUGAGACUUAUCUGUGAAGACGAAACGCUAAUAGUUUUUGAG